AUGGGCCCUAUGGAAUCCAAACUUACACCAGUUCUUAUACUCCAUGGUGGCACCGGAAAUAGCAACCAGAUGUAUCUGCAAGCUAACAUGCUGGCUCAAACUCGAAGGGUCAUUUUACAGGAUACUCGAGGUGAAGGUCGCAGCCCCUACGCCAACUUUACCAAGUUCCACUACGAUGAUUUUGCUCGCGAUGCAAUUGCCUUGCUUGAUUAUCUCAAAAUUCCACGUGUUUCUGUCCUUGGCUGGAGUGACGGUGCCAUCACUGGACUCGACCUCGCCAUGAACUACACUUCGCGCAUCGACCGGGUAUUUGCACAUGGCGCCAACUUACAAGCCAAUAUGAGCAUUCCUGGCACUAACGAUCCCAUUAUUAAUUCCGCGACUGGCAGUCUUGAUUCAGACUUCUCCACUAAUGGCACCACAUUUUCCACCAAUUCUGAAUCUCUACAAAAACGGGACCCAUGCAAUGCAUAUACCUGUGAGAGCUUGAGUCCUUUGCCCUCUCGCUGUCCCGCUAUGGUAAAAGGCAUUAACUACAUGUGGGACACGGAGCCCACCUGGGGUCCGGAUGCGAUGAACAAGAUCAAAUGCCCAGUCUGGAUCGUCGAUGGAGACCACGAUGUUGCCAUUGAGAGAAACCAACCUGAUACAAUGGCAGCCUGGAUUCCAUAUGCUGGACAGCUGAUCCUACCCCAGACCGGCCAUUUUGCCCUUCUUGAAGACCCCAUAUUUUUCAAUUUUGCUGUGCAGUACUUUAUGGACAUGAAGUUUGAUGGCGUUCUGCCUAUUUACUAA